AUAGUAAACAACCACUAAGAAAUGUUGCUCUUAAAAUCCGUUCGAAAAGCGCCAACCCUGGUUAGUACAACAACAACCAGAAUUAGUGGCCCAAGUCUAGCGGCAAGUCUUGAACAACACAGGAACUUGAUUCUUACAAACAAAGUAUUGUCCAAUGGAUUGAUCGCAACACUAAAUUAUGUGUGUAUGUAUGUAUGCAUUUCAUCAUUUUUUCUGAUUGCUCCAGGUGCACCGACAGCCGUUCGUUUCUAUGCGGAUGAUAUCAAGCGGGAACAACAGAGCUCCAGAUCGACACCAAAUGCCCCAGCCCUCAGUUUGCCAGAUCGUAAACAAGUAGAAAGAUUCUUUUUUCGUGUGCUUGUACUUAUUUGGGAUAUAAGCGUAUGGACUUAUUUUAAUACUAAAAAAGCUAUUGAUACCCACAUUGUAGCCAAUGAUUCCGUACAAUGGUAUUGGAAGCGAUUGCAUGAACGAAUGGAGCAGGCUAAGAAGGAGUGGUGAAUUGUUUGUCGAUUUCGAACAGCCAGAAACAUUUACACAUUUACAUUUAUAAAUGUUGACAAGAAGACAUUGUCACUCAUUAUUUUUAUGUGAAGUUCACUUUCAUUUUUAGUUAGCUAUUACGUAUUAUGUAUUUGAGUGGACGAUCUUAA